AUGGUUAUGGCAACGGCUGUCCUCGACACCUACAACCACAAUGUCAAUCACCCUCAUAUCGCAUUAAAGAGACCCAUCUACCAGGAACCUCUUGAGCAACAUGGCGUGAUUACCCCAAAGCAGCUUAUUGGCGAGGCUCUCCACCAGCGUGUGGAGGCCAUCGACCAUGAGAUGUGCGACCCUGGCGAUGAAGACACCUUCUUCGUCGCGGACCUUGGCGAGGUCUACCGCCAGCACCUUCGCUGGAAGAAGAACCUGCCUCGCGUCCGCCCCUUCUAUGCCGUCAAGUGCAACCCCGACACCCAGAUCAUCAAGCUCCUCGCCGAGCUCGGCACCGGCUUCGAUUGCGCCUCCAAGGCCGAGAUCGAGCAGGUCCUUUCCCUGGGACUUAGCCCUGACCGCAUCAUCUACGCCCAGCCUUGCAAGACCAACUCGUACGUCCGUUACGUCAAGACUGCUGGCGUCAAGCAGAUGACCUUUGACAACUCCGAUGAGCUCUACAAGAUCGCCAAGCUCUACCCCGGAGCCGAGCUCUUCCUCCGCAUCAUGACCGACGAUAGCGAGAGCAUGUGCCGUUUCAGUAUGAAGUUUGGUGCCGCCAUGGAGACCGCUGAGGGCCUGCUGGCUCUCGCCAAGCACCUCGGUCUCAACGUCGUCGGUGUCAGCUUCCACGUCGGCUCCGGAGCCUCCGACCCUCUGGCCUUUUACAAGGCCGUUCGCGACGCCCAUACCGUCUUCCAGCAGGCCCGCGAGCUUGGCUUCGACAUGCGAACCCUCGAUGUUGGAGGUGGCUUCUCCGGCGACACCUUUGAGACGAUGGCCGAGGUCCUCCGUGAAGCUCUCGACGAGUUCUUCCCCCCCGGUUGCGGAGUCGACAUCAUGGCCGAGCCUGGCCGCUACUACGUCGCCACGGCCUUCACCAUCGCCUGCAACAUCAUUGCUCGACGAACUGUCGAGGACCCCACCCUCGACGGCAAGGGCUACAUGGUCUAUGUCAACGAUGGCGUCUACGGCAACUUUUCCAACAUCGUCUUCGAUCACCAGACCCCCGUCGCAAAGAUCCUCCGCGCCUCUGGCAAGACCCUCUACGAGACCCCCUCUGCUCACCCAGUUCCCACUGGUGAGGGUGUCGAGUACUCCAUCUGGGGCCCGACCUGCGACGGCAUCGACCGCGUCACCGAGAGCAUCCGCUUCGACCCCAUCCUCGACGUCGGCGACUGGCUCUACUUUGAGGACAUGGGCGCCUACACCAAGUGCUCUGCCACUCAGUUCAAUGGCUUCUCCAACGCUCACGACGUCAUCUAUGUCUGCAGCGAGCCUGGUGCCAAGGCCCUUCUCGGCCUGUGA